GUCCCACCGAGGCCUGGGUGUACAGACCCCGCAUCGAAUCUGUUUUGUUUUUCACCAGAGUCUCUGUCUCUCCUCCUGCAUAAGACCCAGAUGCGUUCGAAGACAGCUGUUCAUCUCCGACAGUGCACAUUUCUAGAUCUUUGGUUUCACGGGAAUUAAGCUUCGGGGCAACUGGAGAUCUCUCCGAAUACCCUUUGAGGCUCCACACCAAAGUGUUCUAAAAGCGCACACUGUUGCUUUGUUCUUGUUGGUGGGGGCAGAGUUCUAUCCUUAACCCCCAUCCCAUCAGAAAGCCGCGAUCUUCCUCCAUUGUUGUUUUGUUUUCUGAAGGCUUCUGAAGGAAGGUUGCGAAAUGUGGAGAUGGAACAGAGAGCUCUCUGCAGCAAAAAAAUGAGCCAGCAGUGGAAGAGAACAUCAUGCAAGCUGACUGACUGCUAGUAAAGAUGUCUUAUAUUUGCACCAGGCGUCUGUGGGAUCUGUAAUAGAAAUGAUGGCUGGCUGUGGUGAAAUUGAUCACUCGAUAAACAUGCUUCCUACAAAUAGGAAACCCAAUGAGUCCUGUUCUAAUACCACACCUUCUCUAACUGUCCCUGAAUGUGCCAUUUGUCUACAAACUUGUGUUCACCCAGUCAGUCUGCCUUGUAAGCAUGUUUUCUGCUAUCUGUGUGUAAAAGGAGCUUCUUGGCUUGGAAAGCGGUGUGCUCUCUGUCGACAAGAAAUUCCUGAGGAUUUCCUUGACAAGCCAACCUUGUUGUCACCCGAAGAACUGAAGGCAGCAAGUAGAGGAAACGGAGAAUAUGCUUGGUAUUACGAAGGAAGAAAUGGGUGGUGGCAGUAUGAUGAGCGUACUAGUAGAGAGCUGGAAGAUGCUUUUUCCAAAGGUAAAAAGAGCACUGAAAUGUUAAUUGCUGGGUUUCUCUAUGUUGCUGAUCUUGAAAAUAUGGUUCAAUAUAGGAGAAAUGAGCAUGGACGUCGCAGGAAGAUUAAACGGGAUAUAAUUGAUAUACCAAAGAAGGGAGUAGCCGGACUUAGGUUGGACUGUGACUCUAAUACUGUAAACCUAGCAAGAGAGAGCUCUGCUGAUGGAGCGGACAGUUUAUCAGCACAGAGUGGAACCUCCAUUCAGCCUCUAGCAUCAUCUACUGUGAGGCCACUAACGUCAGUAGAUGGUCAGUUAACAAGCCCUGCAACGCCAUCCCCUGAUGCAAGCACUUCUCUGGAAGACUCUUUUGCUCAUUUACAACUCAGUGGAGACAGCAUAGCUGAAAGGAGUCACAGGGGUGAAGGAGAAGACCAUGAAUCACCAUCUUCAGGCAGGGUACCCGUGCCAGAUACCUCCAUUGAAGAAACGGAGUCAGAUGCCAGCAGCGAUAGUGAAGACGGCUCUGCACUUGUCGCACAGCACUCCUUGAGCCAACAGAGACUUACGGCUCCUAAUGCAAGCCAGACAGUAUCUGAUCGAUCUGGAAAUGAUCGACCAGUAGCAGGGGGUGGAACAGUGAGUGUCAGAUCUAGAAGGCCUGAUGGACAGUGCACUGUAACUGAGGUUUAAAUCAGUCUUCAGCUCACACUCAAGGUUGAAAUGGUUCUCUGUAAAUUUCUGCCCGCCUAGCAUUAUACUCAUCCCUAGUAGUGCAUUGUUGGGGUGGGAAGGGGUAUGGGAAUGAUAGACCUUAAUUAAAAUGUUUAACAAGCCUCUGAGAAAUUUAUUUAAUGUAAGGAACUUGAGUAUGAAUAAUGAGAGCUGUUUAGUAAUAACCCAGUUUUCUUGAGGUGUGUUCAUUUUAUAGUGUUUUGCUUAAUUUCUUUAGUUCUUUUGGCCAGUGUGUAUAUUAUCUGUGCAUUAACAGUCCUCAUCUGAUUCUUGCAUUGUGUUACUUUUCUGCAUGAAUUGACAAAAUUACUAAAAUUUGGCACCUAUAAGAUGUUUGGUAUCAAUACGAGCAGGAAGCUUAUUAAUGUGAGAAUAGAUGUGAAUUUGGAAUUUUAAAAUAACCAUUUUACUGUAGUUUCUGAAACGGUGAUGUAAAAAACACAGCUAAUAAGUUUCAGGAUUCUUUCUGUAACAACUCAUUGUGUUUCCAUAGGUUUUGCUGUCUAAUCCUUGUAGUUUGAGGUUUUCCUGGAUCCACGCUUUUCUUUUUGAUUACAAAAUUUAUAAUUUAAUAAAUACUACAGUUUACCAAAAAUAA